AGCAAGUAGGAGAUCCCUUACUUCCAUCACACCCCAAGGCCUCGAGACUCCAAAGCUUCAUGAGUCUAUAAAAAGAGCUUUUUUCCCGGAAGACUUGGCAGCAGACCUUCUGUGAGCGCUUCUCCUGUACAGAGCUUGAGAGGCAGAGCAGGCGCCACACAAUCUGAGCAGAAAGGGAGGAAAACAAGAAGGAAUUGCAGAAAGGAUUUUGGUUUCAAUAGAAGCUGACCAUCUGUGUACUAGGCUGACCAUGGUGCUUCCAUGUUGGUUGCCAGUGGCGCUGAUGGUGUGUGUUUCAAUCCCAGUGUUUGGGUCAGAGUGCUCCAUCUGCAAAAACCUCAGCAACAAGGGGAGAACACUGGAUUGCAUUGACCUCUGCAGAUCCACCACCCAGACAGAGCGUCCGAAUUUAAGCCCUUUACCCGUUAACAUCAGCCAAGACAACAAGCUCUUACCUGGCCUCUCCCGGGACACAACCAAAGACAAGACACCCGAGUCCAAGGCCAACAACGAGAGGAGGCGCUCUUAUCUGAUCGAGCACUUUCGUUGGAGUAAACCCUCCAGGAACAUGACGCAGGUAAGGAGGCCAAGCAUUCAAAGCAACAGACGAAGCGCUUACUCAAUGGAGCACUUCCGCUGGGGGAAACCGCCGGGGAACAUGACGCCUGGACUCAAGUUGGGACCCAAAGGCUCAAAGAGAAGCCCCUACGCCAUGGAGCAUUUCCGUUGGGGGAAACCCUCCGGCCGCAAACGCAGACCAGUGAAGAUCUUUGCCUUCCCGGUGAAGGAGCCUUCUUUGUCUUCGGAGGCGGUUUUCCUCCCUCAGGCUCGCAGGCAUCUGAACAGUAAAGAAGACGAUUUAAACCGGAAUCAGAUCCAAGCAUUGGAAACAGAAACAGGGCUACCACUUGAAAGAGGGAGUCCGCCUGCUGUUACCAACAUCAACGACAACGAGGAGAAACCUCAGGGAGUGCUGGCCAACAUCUUCAGGGACAUUAUUUUCAAAGAUGUGCAAAGGAUAGUAGGGUGAGGGCGGGAGUGGAAAGGGGGGUUUAAUUACCACUGCAUGUUAUUACCAAUAACUCAUUUUGUCAUCAGCAUGUUAAGGAGGGGUUGAUUGCUGUGACCCUCCCGACCUUGACUAUAUGCUUCUAUUGUAUUUCCAUGUUGUAUAUGUUAUUAUUGAGCACAGAGAUUAUUGAAUUUUGUAAAUUACAAAUAUUAAAAAGUUGGUUUUGUUUGCGGCAAACAAAUCGUAGUGCUGGUUUAUGUACAAACGUCCAAACACAGAAAUGAUCCCAAACCAAAAAGGCACAAACACCAUAAAACGCAUGCAAGGGGAAAAUGCUGCAAUCAUAUAUGCGUGUUCACGAGGUUCACAAAACAAUACAGAAGUUAGCCAGGCUAGCUAAAAAUUGAAACAUACAAAAACUGAAGUGAUAUCUCCCUUCAGAAAUAAGGCAAAUCCAAAUACUCUAGAGCAGGGGUGCUCAUUAAGUCGAUCGCGAGCUACCGGUCGAUCGCGGAGGUGGUACUGGUCGAUCGCUGGUCGAUCGCGGCGUGACAUUAAAAAAAUAUCAUCCCAGCAUCAAUGCCGUCACUUGAUUGAUAUACAGGGCAGCCAUUCAGAUGACAACUGAAUGUUGCCCUUCGGGCGACCAAUCAAAUCAAACAACGUCUCUAAGUGCAGCAGAACUUACGAUGUCAGCCUAUCAUCCAUCCCCGUUACUUGAUUGACAUACAGGACAACCAGUCAGAUGACAACUGAAUUUUGACCUUUAGGUCACCGCUCAUGCGUAAACAACGAUGCAAAGUGCUAAGCUAGUCGGCGAAUUGCGAGAUUUUAAGCCCUCGCAAAAGUUUAUGGUCACUAAAAUGAGUGAAGGAGCUGGACCAAGUAAAAAGGCAAAAACUGGACCAAGUAAAAAGGCAAAAAACAUAUCACUUCCAUACGGAUAUGGAAUAUUAUACGGAUAUUAUGAUACGGAUAUUAUCCAUGACUGAUAAACAUUUGGAAGUGUGCUUGAGGCUGGCUAUCAGCAGCUACUGUCCGGACUAUGCAUCCCUGGCUGGUUCAAUUCAGUGCAAGUCAU